AUGUGUUUUUCACUUGGCACACCCACUUUCGGCGAAAAUCAUGGGAGAUUUCGCCCAGCCCUACUUUUUCGAGUUUGUCCACCUCCGGUGACGGCUACAAGCUUAUCACGAUCUCUGAGCCAAUUUGGCUCGGGUCGUUUAGUGAGCGAGCGCUCGUGCGCACAAGGCGUGAAAUAUUCUUAG